GAUUUGCAUUUUACAUCGAAUGAUUUGAGGGAAUCCUGCGCAUUUUCGGUUUCUUUGAUUUCUUUUAUUUCAUCAGCUGAUCAGUCCACAGAUUUUGCGGUUUAAUGCGGGUUGUGAAUCUUUUGGACUUUGUGCACCGCGGUUUCGAAAGCUUUAAGCUUCCACUAUGAGUAAGUGCGGCCAUUUUGAUUUGUUCGAAUUGCGGCUCCAGUAUUUCGCAGUUUGUCCGGUGAGCCAGAUAAGAGCCACGCUCGAUAAGGUGCUAAAUGCCGGAGAUGUCGAUCGGGAAGAAGAAGAAGAGGAAUCAGACUGCUGGACGGAAGAUUUUCAAAAAGAGAUCCUUAAUAAUACAGUGCGCGACAGUAUCAUCCCGUAUCAUCCUCCGAGCAACUAUCGCUAUAAAUUUGUCAGAGCCAUCAUUGAAGAAUUGGAAAGACGGAGCAUGGACGUCGCGGAUGAUUUGUGGGUGGAAGCCAGCGAGUUGUGUCAGAAUAGCUCUGAUAAAAAUGGAUUCAAGACAGUAUUACUGCCGAAAAGUGGUUACUUUUCCCUUGUGCAUCAUCCAUAUCUGCUGUCGUGUGGUACGACUGGACUGGCCACGUGGGAUGCAGCUUACUACAUGGUGGAUUUUAUGAUGAGCCAUCAGAAUCUCAUUUCUAAAAGGAACGUAUUAGAGCUUGGCGCGGGGACCGGUUUAACCGGCAUCGCAUUGAUAAAAUCGCUGUGUCCUGCGACGUACGUAUUCACCGACUACCAUGAAAGCGUUCUGGCGAGACUGAAGGAGAACCUCCAGUUGAAUGGCUUGUUAGACAAUCCUUCCGUGUCCGUGGCGGUGUUGGACUGGCUGAAUGUCGAGGAACGGCUGUUAAAAGAACUUAACAGUGAUGUCGUUAUCGCCUGCGAUAUUGCUUAUGAUCCGGUUCUCAUUCCACACUUUUUCAAAGUUUUGAACGAGGUCCGCCGGAGUCAAGAAAAGAUGGUGGAAAUAUUUUUAUGUUUGAAAAUCAGGAACGAGGAGACAAAGGAGCUUUUCUUUGAAGAAGCCGAAACAUGUGGAUUCACUCUUGAAGAACAAAGAUUCACGUCAAACCGCUCACUUUUUCCAUUUGGAUCCUAUGAUUCUGCCAAUUGUGCGGUAUUUAGUUGUAUUAAGAAAAAUAAUUUUUAAUGUGAUAAAGUUAACGAAGAACGCUACAUACUUAUUUAGAGUAAGCCAUGUAUUUUCGUGCUGUUUGUGAUAUGGAGUUUUAUAGACAAGGUGCGUGAAGGCAUGAGUUUGUGUGAUUAUGAUUAACGUUUUAUCAGGCUGCACUUGCAGUAAGCGAUCGGAGAUACUGUCAGAAAUUACUACUCAGAAUGUGGCCGCAUGUCUUAAAUUAUUAUUAUUAUGAUCACUCUACAGUAG